AUGGGAAGAUUGCGCAAAUUUUUAACUGGAUUCAAAACUCUCGGUUAGUUUUUCAUGAAAGGUUACAAAUCAUAUUGAGCAUAAUUUCAGGUAGAAAGAGACCGCGUUUGGCGCUUGAUGAUGAGUCGGAAAGCGACAGCAAUCAAGAUCGAGAGGAAAUGAGACAUGUUGAACUGCAAGGAGAUGAGUUGGGACGGCUUGGUGGAGAUGAAGUUCAUGAACCGAUAGAAAGAGAAAGAGAAAGUGACGAAGAUGAAGAUAGCGAUCAGGAAGAGGAUAUUGAUUUUGUAAUUGAUGAUGCUGAUUUGGUGCAACAAAUCGAAGAAAACUUGAUGGCUCAGGAAACAGGUAAGUUUUUUAUCUGUAUCCAAUUUCGAAUAGAACAUUUAUAUUUUAAAAAAAGAAGAACCGUGAAAUAUUGACGUGACUCCAAUCUGCAAAUUUUCCCUAGAAAAUUUGUAGUUCUCGCUUUGCAAAUAUUCAGAAUCUAAAAUAUAAAUUUCUUCGAUGUUGUUCUGGUUUCUCUGCCAAAAUGGGUGUCACAACAUAUGUUGUUAGCUGAAUAUUUUAGCUUUUUUGUAGAUGAAUCUCUUCACUUCCGAGUUAGAAAUUGUAGUGAUGAUGCUUUAGUGGUUGCUGCAGCCAGUCUUCUAGAUCACGACUCACAGAAUGGUUUGAUUGCUUAUUUAGUCAUGAAAUAGUUGUAUUUUUCAAGGUUUGAAGCGGAGAAUUAUUCCACUUCAUCCAGAUGUCAAAGAAGAAGUGAAAACGUUGAUGAACUCUUCUUUGUCAGGAUUUUCGAAACACUACAUUUGUUCGAAGUGUGGGGCAGCAAAAAGACAGAACGAUAAGUGGUAAUCGAUUAUUCAAAAGAUUAGUGAGAAUUUAAAUAUUAUUGGUUUAGUUGCGGGUUCAUUUCCAAAUUCAUUCGGGCUCCUGUGAAUGAUCAAUUAGACCAAUUAGCUAAGAUGCAUAUUGAGGAAAUUAGAAAUGUUCGAGAAGAUGUCCGUUCCGGACAAGAUAAGAAUCAUCCUUUGAAUGGAAAGCAUUUUAAAGUUGGAAUGGAUUUUGAAGAUUCAGAAGAAUUGAACCUCACACUUCUAGGAAGUGUGGACGGAAUCGUUCUGAAAGGUCACACAAAGUACGUUUGAAUUAUUCUCCAUGUGUGUUCUGUAUAAAUUUAUGAUUUUUAGUAUGAAGAUCUGGGUUGUAUCGUCGAUUUGCAUUGACACGAAAUGUGCAACAAUGCAAAAAGCGACAAAUGUAAUUUUACACGGAAUCGUUUUAUCACCUUCGGAUCCUACCACGACUACUUGGAAUAAAAUUAUUCCGAUGGUUAGAAGUGACAUUGAUCACUACUCUGCGGUGAUUGAGGAGAAAAAAGUAGUGUUCAGAUUGAGGUCUUUUGUAGCGGAUCAACCGGUAAUUAGACUAAUUUAAUCUUCACUUUUUUUCACAUAUUCAGGCAAAGCGUAGUCUUUUCGGGAUGAAAUCUGCAACCGCUUUUUACUCAUGUUUCUACUGCUUCGCAAAAGGCCCACUUCACAAAAAAUACGGAGAAGGUAUUAUUUUUCAGUACAGCGCGGAACUAAUAUCAGACUUUAGAAAGGCAUAUGAAAACAGAUGAUGAAAUGCGUAAAGAUGCAGAACGUUGUCAGAACGGAUUCGGACAUACCUUUGCAGAAGUUCUUUAUUUCAUUCUGCUUUUCCAGACUAUCAUUGACUUACUCCAUAAUUUUGGAGAAGGAGUUUUUUCGGAUAUUCUGCGAGGUAUUUUUCACAACUAAUAUUUUAUAGAAAAUAUAUCUGUUUUAGAAGCGGAUUUUCUCAAAAUUAAGCGAGGUGUCCCCAACGCCACGAAAUAUGACAUCUUUGAAAAUGAUAAGACUAGAUACUACGAGUUUGCAAAACAUGUAGUCUUACCUAGCGAAUUUUCCUACUCCGGCGAUCCCAGAAAUGGAACCGAAAAGAUGAACGUCUGUUUUUUCUGUGUAAAUUAAGUUCACAGUAAUAUUUUUCAGCAUUUUCGAUCGACUUUUUUUCUUGUCGCGUUUUGCUCAGACGUUUUUAAACCUCUCGCUAGACUAAUUAUCACUAUUUUAUCAAUGAUUACAAAUGCAAUGUUCACAAAUUCAUCUGUUGAGGAUGAGUACUUUGGUGAAAUGUGUUAUGCGUUGCAAAAUCUGAUUCCUGAUAGAUAUGAAGAAUAUUUGACACCGAAGAUGCAUGUAGGAACCGUUUUUUACUGAUUUCAUAGAGAUAUUCUAGAAAUAUAUAUUUAGGAAAUUAUUUAUCAUUUGCCAUUUUGCAUCAAAAUGUUUGGGAAUGUAUCUAGUUUGUCAACUUCAACUUUCGAAACUGUUUACAAAUUCAUUCUGGGAGAUUUCCACACCGCAAUCACUAACAAUUUCUGCGAAUUUGCGAUCAACAGGUUUUUCUCACUUCUAAGUCUGGUUUUCAAUGUUCAUUUAAGAUUUUUGCUGAAUUGUGCGAUUCGCCGAGAAGUGACACUGCGAUAUUCUAACCCCGAUGCAUCAAAAUUGAUAACGGAUUUAGUUGCUUGCACUCCAUCGCUAAGACCUCCUUCUAUGACAAAAUGCGAUUCUUUGAUUGAUUUGAAACAUUUGCACAAGUCCGAUGUUUUCCAAACAGAAAAAUUCGUUUCAUACCACAGCAAAAUAAUCUUCCCUUACGCAGUUUUUGCUUCUCGAGAUUAUACAAAAAUUACUACAAAUGACAUUAUGUUUGUUGAUCAUGAUGUUGUAAAAUGCGGUCGAUUUGUUUGUACUGCAACUGUGGAUGGCGUUAUAAAAGUUGUGAUUGAGCCACUAGAAGAAACGAGCGGAUUUGACUUUUUCGAAAAUGCCAUGAAAAAUCUGAAUUUAGCUACCGAGAGAGAUCACGCAGAGAGAAUUACCGAGCAUCUCGAAGGAAAUGCUGGUUUGGCUGAAGGAAAGUGGAAUGGCGAUCGAUUAUUUUUAAAUGUCAAUACUGUUCGGGGAAUAGGGUGUCAUGUUACUUUUGGAGGACGUGUAAUUUGUGUACAAUUAUCUGGCGUCCCAGUACAUGCUUGACAUCACAGAAAAGCAUAACCACGAAACAAUUUUUUCUAUUUUUCAACAUAUUUAAAAUAAAAAUUUCUAUUCGGAAUUGGAUUAUUCACACAGGAAAAACUAAAUGAACUUUCAGGUCUGCUUGGUUCGAAACGACUCCACUAUGUAGCAGAAAUUGUAUUAUUUAUUAUUUAUUAUUGGGGCAUUUUCAAAAGUGGGAGGAGCCCUCUUGAAAAAAGUUUAGAGAUUUCAUAUUUUAUGAAAAUCCUCUCCUAAACACCCUGAAAUCAAUAUAGGAAAAAUUUUCGCAUUCUAUGUUACAUCCCCUCUCUCUCUCUCUCUCUCUCUCUCUCUCUCUCUCUCUCUCUCUCUCUCUCUCUCUCUCUCUCUCUAUCUAUCUCUGCUUCUCUAUUACUAUUCCUAUUUAUUCGUCUACUUUUUUUUAAUUGUUCAAUUUCAAAACGUUAAAAUUCGAAACAUAUGUUUUCAGGUAUCGAUCGAAUUGCGCAAAAUGCCGACACCAUUUAGAGAUCGACCAACAGUGGUAAAUAUAAAAAUUCAGUAGUCAAUGAGAAAAUUUAUGAUUUAUAGAAACGAGAAGAAAACGAUUCGUCGUCGUCUUCUUCUUCACAUUCAAACAACCCACCGACAAAAAAAUCGAGAACGGAGAACUUCUGGAAAAGUUCGACUCCGGUAAGUUUUCGUCCUUUUCAUCGCUUAAAAAUAUUAUUGGGUGGCUCGGAAGCUGGGAAAUAUCUUGAAUUAGAAAAGCUCCUCUAUCUUAUGGGGUGAUUCAUUUCGAAAUUUUUACGAUUAAUUCACAGAAAAUCCGAGUCAUUUUUUUGCGAUUUUUUCACGUUAAAUUUGUAUUUUUUGUGGAAUCAAUCGCAUUUUUUCAAGAAAUGACAGUGAUUAAUUGACAAAAACGUGAAAUUAAUCGCCUUAAAAGACUCACAUUUUUUGUCAAUUAAUUGACAAAUUCACGUCGAUUAAUUCGACUAAAUCAUCCCAUCAAAAGUUACAAAACACAUUCGAGGACCCUUCCACAAAGAAAAAAGGAUUGAGAUAUAAAUAUUGUUAAUUUCAGAAAGGACCAAUUCGACGAGACCAAGUAAAUAUGAAGAAAAACGAGUCCGCCAAGGACAAAUCGAAAAAUAAGCUUGAAGAAGAAUUUGUUGAAAACGUAGUGGAAAUGGUUGAUGGUACCAAGAAAUCACUGCCAAAAACAACAAAUGGCAGGAUCAAUUUAUUGGAGAUGGCUAGACGAGUCUAUUGGGACUCCGAAAACGAUUGUUCAUAUGGGAGUGAUAAGAUUGCUGUACGUGUUUUCAAACUUUAAAAAUUGACAAAAAUAUAAUUUAAAAAACGUUGAUAUUUUGUUCGAAAUCCAAUUUUUUGAAGGCCCGAAAAAUCUUCUAGAUGGCCUGCAAAAUUUUUUCCAAUUUUUUGAAAGCCCGGAAAAUCUUCUAGAUGGCCUGCAAAAUUUUCCUAAGUUUUUGAAGGCCCGGAAAAUCUUCUAGAGGGGCCUGCAAAAUUUUUUCCAAUGUUUUGAAAGCCCGGAAAAUCUUCUAGAUGGCCUGCAAAAUUUUUUCCAAUUUUUUGAAGGCCUGGAAAAUCUUAUAGAUGGCCUGCAAAAUUUUCCUAAGUUUUUGAAAGCCCGGAAAAUCUUCUAGAUGGCCUGCAAAAUUUUUUUCCAAUUUUUUGAAGGCCUGGAAAAUCUUCUAGAUGGCCUGCAAAAUUUUCCUAAGUUUUUGAAGGCCCGGAAAAUCUUCUAGAUGGCCUGCAAAAUUUUUUCCAAUUUUUUGAAGGCCCGGAAAAUCUUCUAGAUGGCCUGCAAAAUGUUCCUAAGUUUUUUAAGGCCCGGAAAAUCUUUUAGAUGGCCUGCAAAAUUUUCCUAAGUUUUUGAAGGCCCGGAAAAUCUUCUAGAGGGCCUGCAAAAUUUUUUCCAAUGUUUUGAAAGCCCGGAAAAUCUUCUAGAUGGCCUGCAAAAUUUUUUCCAAUUUUUUGAAGGCCUGGAAAAUCUUAUAGAUGGCCUGCAAAAUGUUUUCCAAUUUUUUGAAGGCCCGGAAAAUCUUCUAGAUGGUCUGCAAAAUUUUUUCCAAUUUUUUGAAAGCCCGGAAAAUCUUCUAGAUGGCCUGCAAAAUUUUCCUAUGUUUUUGAAGGCCCGGAAAAUCUUCUGGAUGGCCUGCAAAAUGUUUUCCAAUUUUUUGAAAGCCCGGAAAAUCUUCUAGAUGGCCUGCAAAAUUUUUUCCAAUUUUUUGAAGGCCCGGAAAAUCUUCUAGAUGGCCUGCAAAAUGUUCCUAAGUUUUUUAAGGCCCGGAAAAUCUUUUAGAUGGCCUGCAAAAUUUUUUAAAUUUUUUUUGAGAGGUCAGACAGUUUUCUGGAGAGUUUCAAAUCUUACAAAAUUUUUUAAAAAUUAAAAUGAAAUAAAAUAGUCAUAUUUCAGACUAAUUUGAAAACUGCAAAACUCACCAGCGAAUGGAAUUCGGGGGAAUUCUUGGAAAUGGCUCAACAAUCCGGUGUUGAUGAUAAUAUUCGCGACGUAUACCUUCUUCAUGCUUUAUUAUGUGACAUGGUAAUUUUUAUGUGAUUUUGAAUUCAAAAAUAACAUUUCUCUAAAUUCUGAGAAUAGUAUCGAAGUAGUUUGAGAUUUUGAAACAAAAUCGUCAAAAAAGUGUUUUUAUAUAAUUUUAAAUAUCGCUAGAAGUUUGAAAUGAAUCUUAGUUGAACUGCCAAAACUUCUAAAAAAUUUAAUUAUUUGAGAAAUAAGAAAGCCUCCAAUGAAAAAAAAAAUGACAGCUACAUUUCAGCAUAACUUAUCAAUGUCAAAGUCAAAAGAAAAAGGAAAUAAAGAAGAAACAGCAAAUGGAAAUUCAGCGCCUGGUUUGCAAGUAGGUUUUUUUCUUGAAUAUUGCUCAUAUCAAAAAAGUUUUGAAAUGUUAUGUUUUCAGGCCUUUCGUUUUGAAUAUCCAGAAGAAUAUGCUGAUGAAUAUUACACAACUCCUUGUGGUAUUCAAAUCAAAUUUAAAUCAGCGAUGGCGAGAUUUGCGGAAGAAUUCCGAUCCACCAACUUCGACAAGGUUGUAUACAACGCAACAGGAACCGUUUGUGACAAAGUAAGUUAUUGAUAAAAUUUCAAAACAAGUAUUUUUCAAAGAUGAUCAAAAAAGACCCUCACUGCACCGCGUAUACACCUCGUUCGCUCAACGGAAUUGCUCAAUUAGUCGAAAUUCAAAGCUAUCAAGUCGAAAUACUUCCAAGUUAGUUUUUUCAUUACAUUUGAAUAAGUGUAAUUUUUUUUAUUUACAGAAAUCAUUAACGCUGGUCUCAAAUUGAAAUAUGCUGAUUCAUCAGAAGAACACGCUCAAUUCACUCGUACUCAGGAUUUGGUUCACUCCAAAAUCUCCAAUUAUUUGUAAGUUCAAAAUACGUAAAAAGUUUUUCUCGAAAAAAAUUACUUUUCUAGAAAUAAAUAUAGAUCGUGGUAUAAGCAAGAACACGGAGCUGAAAGAAUGAAAAAGAUUAAAGAAUAUGUAGAAGGUUACGUAAAUGCUGAAAAAGAAGGAACUGAAGAACCACGCCCAAUUUUUCGAGAGAAUCAAGGGGAGUUCUAUUGGAUUGGCGAGGAGGAAGAAGAAGAAAAUGUUCCGCCAUGA